CUAGCACUUUAACUGUGUUUUGGGAACUGGUGACUGGAGAUAUUCAGAUAUGCCGAAUUUGAUGGAAACUGUCUUGAAUCCAGUAAACGCAAAACAGGAGCCUAUAAAAGUCGUGUAGGGAAUACGCUGGGUCACGAGAUGAGCUCUUGUCUCAACGGAACAUCAACAGUAUGCUACUACUCUGCUGAUGGGCCUGGUAGUGUUUCAACAACAGGAUGUCAAUACAACUACUGUGGUCAGGUUGUGAGAAUCCUACAAAAUAGCUGAUCACGAUUAGAUUUUAUUGUGGAGUAGCCUAGGCGAAAUUGUGGCUUGCGACAUUCCCUGCUGUUGUUGUGUUUUAAUGCAGUUAAAAGGAAAUAAAAAGCAGUGGUCUGGAGCUUGAUAGCGUGCUCCAUCUCCCUCUAUCCCCCCACUCCCUCCAGCGCUCUCAGGAUUUACAUACGCUGAUUUCCGUGGGAAGCGCGAGCAGCAGAUCCUCCAUGGCAGACUUUCAGGAACUGAGGAAACAACGACAAACGAAGUUUUGACCUUGCAUUUUUCCCCGCACAUAGCCUACUAGUACGGAAUCCUCAUAACCGGGUAUCGAAAUCACGAGUGAUUGGGUUGGUUGCGCAGUUUUAGACUCGGGAAACCGAGUUUUCCGAGUUGUGGGGCUGUGGCUAUGGCCGGCGGUGGUGGGGUGUCGCCGCUGGGGCUUGCGCCUCCGUUAUGGUACCACCGGGACCUGAGUCGCGCGGCCGCCGAGGAGCUUCUGGCCCGGGCGGGAAGGGACGGAAGUUUUCUGGUCCGGGAUAGCGAAAGUGUGAACGGUGCUUACGCUUUGUGUGUGCUGUUCCAGAAACAUGUCCACACGUACCGGAUUCUCCCUGACGAUGAGGGAUUUCUUGCUGUCCAGACGUCUCAGGGUGUGCAGCCGAAGCGCUUCAAGACGUUACCAGAGCUGGUGCUGCUGUACCUGCAGCCCAGCCAGGGCCUGGUCACCACCCUGCUGUACACCGUGGACCGCGAGGAGACCAGCUCCGAGGAGAGGGACUACUCAGAUGGAGAGGAUGAGAAGCCGCCGCUUCCUCCUCGCUCCGCCUCCACAUCAACGUCUACCGGCCCUGACACGCCUACAGAGAGUAUCCCGCCGGCGGCGGCUAACGGCCUGAGCACCAUCUCCCAUGAGUAUCUGAAGGGGAGCUACGCUCUGGACCUGGAGGCUGUGAAGCAAGGAGCCAGCUCUCUGCCCCACCUCAACAAGACCCUGGUGUCCUCCUGCAAACGCCUCAACGGGGAGGUGGAUAAGGUUCUCUCUGGACUAGAGAUCCUGUCCAAAGUGUUUGACCAGCAAAGUGCCUUCAUGGUGUCCAAGAUGAUCCAGCAGUCAGUGAAUCAGGGUGGAGACCAGGAGUUGGAGAACCUCGUCACCAAGCUGGCUAUCCUUAAAGAUCUGUUGUCCUCUAUCGAGAAGAAGGCCCUGAAAGCUCUCCAGGAUAUGAGCUUGUCUUCUCCCUCCUCCCCUCCUCCUCUCUCCACGCGCCAUAGCAAAGCCAUUCCCGUCCAAGCCUUCGAGGUGAAGCUGGACGUGUAUCUGGCCGACCUGACCAAGAUAGGGAAGAGCCAGAAACACACGCUGUCUGUGGACGUGGAGGGAGGAAGGCUGGUGGUGAUGAAGAAGAUGAAGGACAGCCAGGAGGACUGGAACACCUUCACACAUGAGAAGAUCCGUCAGCUGAUUAAGUCCCAGCGUGUUCAGAAUAAACUUGGCAUUGUGUUUGAGAAGGAGAAGGACAAGAGUCAGAGAAAAGACUUCAUCUUUGCCAGUGCCAAGAAGAGGGAGGCCUUCUGCCAGUUGUUGCAGCUGAUGAAGAACAAACAUUCCAACCAGGAUGAACCAGACAUGAUCUCCAUCUUCAUAGGCACCUGGAACAUGGGCUCGGUGCCCUCCCCUAAGUCGGUGGCCUCCUGGGUGCUCUGCCGGGGCCUGGGGAAAACCCUGGACGAGAUGACCGUCACCAUCCCUCACGACCUGUACGUGUUCGGAACCCAGGAGAACUCUGUGUGUGACCGGGAGUGGGUGGAGUCCCUCCGCAUGGCCCUGAAAGAGCAGACGGAACUGGACUACAAACCGAUUGCGGUCCAGACUCUGUGGAACAUCAAGAUUGCUGUGCUGGUUAAACCAGAUCAUGAGAACCGUAUCAGCCAUGUUGGAGUGUCUAGUGUGAAGACAGGCAUCGCCAACACACUGGGUAACAAAGGAGCAGUAGGCGUGUCUUUCAUGUUCAAUGGGACGUCGUUCGGCUUUGUGAACUGUCACCUGACGUCGGGCAAUGAAAAAAUAGCCAGGAGGAACCAGAACUACUUGGACAUCUUGCGUCUUCUCUCUCUGGGAGACAAGCAGCUGAACUCCUUCGACAUCUCUCUCCGCUUCACACACAUCUUCUGGCUGGGAGACCUCAACUACCGGCUGGACAUGGACAUUCAGGAGAUCCUUAACUACAUUAACAGGAAGGAGUUUGACCCCCUCCUGAAGGUGGACCAGCUCAACCUGGAGAGGGAGAAGAACAAGGUGUUCCUCCGCUUCGCUGAGGAGGAGAUCUCCUUCCCACCCACCUACCGCUACGAACGAGGCUCCCGGGACACGUAUGUGUGGCAGAAGCAGAAAGCCACAGGGAUGAGGACUAAUGUUCCGUCAUGGUGUGACAGGAUUCUGUGGAAGUCCUAUCCAGAGACUCACAUUGUCUGCAACUCGUAUGGCUGCACGGAUGACAUCGUCACCAGCGACCACUCCCCCGUGUUUGCUACCUACGAGGUGGGAGUGACAUCACAGUUUGUCUCCAAGAAAGGUCUCCCAAAGUCUUCAGAGCAGGCCUAUAUAGAGUUUGAGAGCAUCGAGGCCAUUGUCAAAACAGCCAGCAGAACUAAGUUCUUCAUCGAGUUCUACUCCACCUGUCUGGAAGAGUUUAAGAAGAGUUAUGAGAACGACAGCCAGAACAGUGACAACGUCAACUUCCUGCGUGUGGGCUGGUCCAAUAAGCAGCUGACCACCCUCAAGCCCCUCCUCUCUGAGAUAGAGUACCUUCAAGACCAGCACUUGCUUCUCACCGUCAAAUCCUUGGACGGCUACGAGUCCUACGGGGAGUGUGUGCUGGCUCUGAAGUCUAUGAUAGGCAGCACAGCGCAGCAGUUCCACACCUACCUGUCUCACCGGGGGGAGGAGACAGGAAACAUCAGGGGCUCCAUGAGGGUCCGGGUGCCGGCGGAGAGGAUGGGCACCCGGGAGCGCCUCUACGAGUGGAUCAGUGUGGAUAAGGAUGAGAGCGGUGGACCCAAAGGCAGGACCACCCUGCCCCCCCGCCCCGGAGGACACGACUACGUCAAGCCGUCGUUGACGCGGAAACAGGUGGGGGCGGAGCUAGGGAAGGUGAGCGAAGAGGGAGAGAAGAGCGGGAAGGAGGAUACUACCGCUAGGAUGAAACAGCCGGACUCUGACGACCCGUCGUCAUGUAAGAACAGCUACAACAACCCCGCCUACUACAUUCUGGAGGGCGUCCCCAACCAAUCAGCAGCCGCUCUGUCUCCGGAGCUUCUCCCCUCCUCCGCCUCCUCCAGUGCCAGCCAGGCGGGUAAAGCCCCUCUCCAGGCGGGUAAAGCCCCUCUCCAGGUGGGGGCCAGGACCAAGCCCCUCCCUGGCUCCUCCUCCCAGCAGCGCAGGCACACCAGCGGACAGCCCGUCAGGACCAUCAGCGAGGAGGGCUCCUCGGAGGACGACGUCGGUGCCGCCGUGGGGGGCGGAGCCACGCUCAACCGGCCCCCUCCGGACUUCCCCCCUCCCCCCCUCCCCAAAGCUGCCCUGGAGACAGCAGACCCCAAACCCCGCCCGCUGUACCCAGACAUGGCCGAGGUGCGAAUCCCCUCAGCCAAUCCUAGUCCCUCCUUUGUCCUGGGGGAGGGGUUUAGGAGGGGAGGGGCCGGGGCUCUGGAUGACCAAUCAUGUUCGGUGCUACAGAUGGCCAAGACCCUGAGUGAGAGUGAGUUCCCCCCCCAGCCUCCACGUGCCCCCUCGGCCCCCCCCCACCACCUCAGGGGUCAGGGAGCGGGGCUAGGGCUGGGGGACGCCUGUCGCACCUUCCCCCCUCGCGCCCCCCUCCCAGAGAGCAUCGCUGAGGACCUGCCUGAGGAGGCUCUGUGGGGCAGCAGCAGUUCGUCUCUGUCGGUGGGCGAGUCGUCUGUAGGGGAGUGGCUCCAGAGGCUGGGUCUGGAGAGAUACGAGGAGGGACUGCUACACAACGGCUGGGACGACCUUGAGUUCCUCAGUGACAUCACAGAGGAGGAUCUGGAGGAGGCAGGAGUCAUGGACCCCGCCCACAAGAGGAUCCUGCUGGAGAACCUGAGACUUCAACAGCCGCAGAAGUAACCCAGGCUAGGAUGAACCAGGCCAGGCCAGGAUUAACUGGGCCAAGCAGAACUGGGCUGAGACGUGCCAAUCAAUGCCACACUGUGCCUUCUGAGAGAAUUUGCACUCCAAUUUUAUCUACGUUGGACAAAAAAAAGAAAAGAAAAAAAAGGUCCUUUUUAUUUUGAUGUAUGUAAGGAAUUUGUACUGGUGGUUGCCAUAGUAAUUGGUCUUAUUUAAGAGAGAAACAUUUGAGUCCCUUAUCGCUGCCAGACCCUCCUGUCCAGAGAGCACACUUCACACCUCCAUUGAUCUUUUUGUUAAUUAUUCUGUUCAUUUUGAUUUAUUUAGUUAUAAUUCUGAGUGCAGUUAAUAUUGUUUGUUAAUAUGGGUCAAUUGUCUCUGCAUGUUUAAUGUCUCUCAAAGUAAAAGGGAAUGGAGCAACACCAAACCAGCACUGUGAGACUGAAAACUCUCUAAAAUGAAGCUGUUGACAUGUUGCUUAAUCGUUGUCCUGGUCCUGGUUCUGGGCCUGCCCCUCAGCCUGACCAGGUGUGUUGUUGAAAGUUAGCUGUUCAGCCAAGUCCAGUAGUACAGGGUAUUUCUACCCUAACAGCUGAUUUUGUUUGUUUUUAAGAUGGGUGUUUAGUCUGUGGUUAAUGUGUUUACCAUAACUGAGUUAAUAGCCUGUAUUUGUAAGUCCAGCUGGAGGUCUGCCUAGGCUCUAGGGCAUGGUUUUAGAAAACUUCCUAGAAUGAAGCUGCAUGUGCCUGAUCUUAACACCAGAUGGCGCUAAAGCUCUCUAAACGUCAGUGUGCGCUCACUUAGCUACUUUUUUUUUUUUUUAACCCUGAAACAAGCUUGAAACACCAACAUAUAAAAGGACUUUUACUUUAUAUUUCACCAUUAUUUUAUGUAUGUGUAUUGUGUAUUUUGUUCAACUGUUUCUGUACAACACAUAACAUCAUACGUUUUCUUAGAUGAGCGUUGAUGAGCUGGACAGCAGCUCGUCUCAACUCCCAACCCAAUGACAGGAUCGGGACCAUACACUACAGUGUCAUGUUUCCUUAAGGAACAGGAAACUGUGUAUCAGGCCAGAUGUGAGGUAUCCCGGGCAACUCUUUCUUUAGAGCCCUUGUCAUGUCGCCUCAUUGUAGUCCUCUGUCUCAGAACCUCCUGCCAGUGUAGUUGCUGUACAGAGUGUGUAGGUUUCCAGUGUAACUGUCUCUCCUAUGUUGUCCAACAUAGGCCCUUAUUUGGCGGCGUAGUAGUCUUAACACUCAAGUAGUGUUGGCCUGUGUGCCUAACUGUCUCUAUACGUUGAAGCUCUGGUUUCAUGUUGUUUUUGUUGAAAGCAUUUACCAGUCUGAGAUUGAAUGUGCGUCUGUCUGUCUGUGUGUCUGUGUGUGUGUGUGUGAGUGUGUGUGUGUACGUGUGACCUUCGCAGAACAACGCUGGAGUGUCUGUCCAUCCACACACUCCACCAUUUUGAGUUUAAUGAUUGUUUUGUGUUCUUAAGUUAAUAAAUGUCGACAACUUCA